AAAGAAAUAAAAAAGUUUAUGAAACUUUCGCAAUUUAUUAGAAUAACAUAUUUUUAGGGUCUAAUUUUAUUUUGUAAAUCACAUAUUUCUUUAAGUAGUUCUACAUUAGUCUCCUAUUUGUCUCUGUUCACAUGAUCUCAAGACUUUACCUCUUAUUGAUCAUCUACAAGGUCAUCGAAGAUAUUUCAGCUCUUGUGGAACUUCCUCAAGUCCAACAAAACGACAUUUUAAAAACGGACUAUCUCAUACGUGAAACUACAAACAAUUUAUUCUCAAUAAUCAAAUUAAAAGUGAACGAGUAUCCUGCUUUGAAACAAUAUUCGCUUAUCCAGAACUAUUUGGCAUCAGCUAGUUUAUACGAAUACAGUAGAUUGAUUGAAGUGGCAAAACUUACAAGAGUCGAUAAAACCAAAAUAAACAAUGAAACUAAACUUUUUAUGGCAAUUUUAAAUGGAAUAUUAGACGAAGACAUAAAACAUGACUUGGGGACCGAAGACGAAUUUGUAAUUGAACAUAUAGAGGGCGUUUUGAAAAAUCUUAAUGAAUACACCGAUAGUUACAAUUAUGAUAAAUCUAAUACAGAUAUAAUUAUUGCAGAUAUUUUAAACAUAAUAGAACAUAACGACACUUUUACUGAAAACUAUUAUAACGAUACGUCAGAUACUAAGAAUUUAGAAUUGGCUGACGGCAAUGGCGCAGUAAUCCAUGACAGUAAUGAAUUUUGGGCACCCAAUGCUCGCCGUAUAUUUCAUGGUAGAAAGGCGUCUAUAAGGGACUUCCCGUUUAUGGCAAGCAUUCAAAUAUUCAAUCACUUUCAGUGUGCUGGUUCCAUUAUCAAAUCUGAUCUGAUCAUUACAGCUGCAUCUUGUUUACAAAUGGCUUGGAACAACCGUUUCUACAAAGAGAAUCCAGCCUUCCUGUCGGCAAGGGUGGGUAGUACCCUUCAUAAUAGUGGUGGGGAAAAUGUUCCGAUUCUGGAGAUCUACUUCCAUCCUGAAUACGACCCGAGAACUCUUGUGAGCAAUUUAUGCCUCCUACGACUUCGCCGAUUAUUGAACUUAAAAAUAUCGAGAAGGCUGAAGAAAAUUGAAAUAGACAAACAUACAAAUCCGCUACCGAUGAACACGAAUGGCAUCACUAUUGUUGGAUGGGGAGCUAGACACAGAACCAGCACCAUUAUGGAACCAUUCUUAGCCUUUGCUGUGCUUGAUUUUUAUCCUCUCGAAGAAUGCAAAGAAGUUUACUCAAGGACUUAUGUCAAGAAUAAUAACUUCUGUGCUGGAUUUAUUUCGCAAGGUAGCGGUGCUUGUAACCGAGAUAUUGGUGGCCCAGGAAUCACACGUGGUGUGCUCGCUGGGGUAGUGAGUUUCGGCUCACCGACAUGUGGUACACCAGAUGCACCCACAGUCUUCACUAAACUAGGGUAUUAUAAGGAAUGGAUUGAAGAUAUAAUGCAACAGAACGUCGUCACCGGCAAACAACAAACUACUACUACAUUAGGAUCAAGUCGCAAUAUCUUUAAAAUACCCUACGUGUCAGCUAAAACGACGUUCAGAGUAACACCUCUCUCAUCACGCAAAAAAACUAUACCAAGUAUAGUUAAUGAAGAAGCAUUAAAACAACAAAGAAAUAAUAAAUUUCUAAGAGAAUUCAUUGAUAAAUUAACUCAUAGUGAAAGAUUAAAUAAAUUACUUGAAAAAAUUAAAGAAAAUGCAGAUGUAGUAAAAAGAACACCAGUCACGAAUUCGCUGGUCACAACACAAGAAUCUACUUUAGACACUGACAUAGAAAGUUCCAUAGAAACCAUCUUACCAGAGAAUUUAAGUACUGUUAUGGGUAUUAUGGAGCCAGAUAAUAAAACUGUCGAUAUUAAAAGACAAUCCCAUUUUGAGUCUCUUGAAACUUAUUUUGAAGAACAUAUUAAAUAUCCAGUCGAAGCGAAAGUAAAUAAAUCUAUGGAAAUUGAAGUAAUAAGAAGUAAAAACAGUAAUGUGCAUAAUAAAAUUAUAGAUACAAAACGACGUAGCACCGAAAUUGAAAAUGAAAUACUCGAACUGAUUAACGAAUUAAAAGAAAAAAGAAAACAGAAAUUGCGUUUAUCAAACCGCCCUUUCUGGUACGCAUUAGAAAAGGACCCAGCAUUUGAAAAAAAACGCUAUUUUAUUACGUUAAAUAACAGUUCUAUUGAGGAUUCCUCAGAUACAGAUACAAAUGCUGAUAGUGCUGAACGUGGGUUAGCAAUUGAAACCAAUUUAUUUAUUAAGGAUACAAUUUUAAACAAAAGGUCAAUAGAUCGUAUCAAUUAUUUAAAAGAAUUAAAUGAUGCAUUUUCUGAAGCUCUUAAGGAGGAACUUGAAUAUACUAUUAACACAACACUUACAAAAUCAUUCGAAAAAAUCGAAUCAUCGAGCCGUAAUACAUAACACCGAAAACAAGAUUUUCCAAUAAAUGAAUUAGAUCAUAACUGUGGAAGAAAACAUAACAUUUCAUUUAACUAUUGUAGUCAGAUUUUUUUUUAUCUAUUUAUUUAAGUUAAUUUAAGUUAUAUUUAUUUCGUUUUUCUCAGUGACGGAAUAUAUCAUUUUCGGAUAAAUUUUUA